AUGAGAGAAAAUUCAAUCGCCCCACCCAAUGGCGCUGGCAGAAGACCGGGGAAGGGGCCCCGGGCCGAGCCGUUAAGAGACGGGUGGUCGGCAGCGCGGCGGGUUACGUGCCUUCCCCUCGCCUGCCACCAUCCCUUCCCUUCCCAGAAUUUCUCGUGGGAGCGCGCCCGAGACGUAGUCAACCGAAACCGUGGGCGUCCCACCCCGCCUCGUCCUCGGCCGCCCCGCCGCCCGGCCGCGCCUCGCCUCACGCUCUACGGGGGAGGCGGGACCAAUCAGCGAGCGACGUCUCCCUUCCGAUUCGAGGCCCCCGACGCGCGGCUCACACCCCGAGCACCGCGCGCGCUCAUUGGCUGCGCGCGCCGCCGGUCCGGCCGGGAGGGCGGGGCGGCCGAAGGGAAAGGAGGUGGGGAGGUAUUGGCCCGCGACUCUCCGAGCCCCGCUCGCGCCCCGGCCCUUCCCGGGCGCUCGGCCUCCUUCCUUCCCUCCUCCGCUCACCCCGUCUUCCGUGCGCGCCGAGCGCUGCGCUCGGCCGGCGUGCCUCGCGCCGUAACGGGCGGCCGGGGGCGCCAAUCAGCGGGCGGCAGGGUGCCAGCCCCGGGGCUGCGCCGGCGAAUCGGCGGGGCUCGCGGCCCGGGGUGGGAGGCGGGUCUACUGCGCGGCCGCGGCGGCGGCGGAGCAGCUCCCAGCCAGCAGCCAGCGAGCGCCGAGCGAGCCGCCCGGAGCCCCUCAUCCCAUUCGGAAGAGGAAGGAACAAAAGGUCCCGGACCCCCGGCUCUGACGGGGCGGGACCCGGAGCCUCCGUGCAGAAACUGGCUGGAGAGAGAAAGCAAAUCUGCAUCAGACAGGUUCCAUUGAAAGAAUUGGAAAUAAAGUGCAAAGACACUGAGCUACAUCGAGGAAAAGGAUUGGGCUACAAUCUAAUAUAGUGGAACCGUC